GCGUCGGCGCCGCGGGCGACGCGCGAGCUCUUCGAGGAGCUCGGCGCGACCUUCGUCAAGCUCGGCCAGCUCGUCGCGUCGAGCCCGACGCUCUUCCCCGAGGCCUGGACGGCCGAGUUCGAGAAGACGCUCGACGGCGCGCCGCCCGUCCCCUACGCGACCGUGAAGCGCGUCGUCGAGGCGUCCCUGGGCACGACCAUCGCGGCGGCCUUUUCGACCUUCGACGAGGCGCCCCUCGCGACGGCGUCCGUCGCGCAAGUCCACGCGGCGACGCUGCGGAACGGCGACCGCGUCGUCGUCAAGGUGCUGAAACCGGGCGUCCGGGACACGCUGACGGCGGACCUCGUCUUCCUCAACGGCGCCGCGAAGAUCUUGGAGGCCGUGGCCCCGGAGACGAAGCGCGUGUCCCUCGCGGACGUCGCCGCGCAGCUGCGGGACUCGACGCUCCAGGAGCUCGACCUCCGGGAGGAGGCGCGGCGCCUGCGGAGCUUCCGGGGCUUCCUCGCGUCGAGCGGGCUCGACCAGGCGGCGACGUGCCCGCUGCCCUACGAGGACCUGUCGUCCAAGGAAGUCUUGACGAUGACGCGCCUCGACGGGUCGCGCCUCGUCGACGCGGACGCGUCCAACCCGGCCUCCGAGGCCGCCGUCGCGACGGUCAUCCGCACCUGGGCGCGGUCCGUCGUCGAGCACGACUUCUUCCACGCCGACGUCCACGGCGGCAACGUGCUCCUGUUGCGCAACGGCACCGUCGGCAUCAUCGACUUCGGCAUCGUCGGCACGCUGCCCCCGGCGGUCUACGGCGCCGUCGUCGACCUCGCCGCGGCCUUCAACGCGCGGCCCCGGGACUACGGCGGCAUCGCCGACGCGCUCCGGGGCAUGGGCGUCGCCGACGGCGCGAAAUUCGACCGCGAGAAGUUCGCCGGCGACCUCCGCCGGGCCUUCGACGCCGUCGAGGCCAACGACGCCGCGGCCAUCGUCGGCGACGUCAUCGCCGUCAGCGAGGACAACGACCUCGUGCUCCCGCGCGAGUUCGGCUUGCUGACGAAGCAGGCGGUCUACCUCAACCGCUACGUCACGACGCUCGCGCCGGACCUCGACGUCUUCGAGGGCGACCUCCUC